GACGUCAGCGAGACGUUGUUUCCCAUCAUGGCGGCAGAAGGCUGUGACGAGUUGAGCGGCAACGGGGAGCUGGAAGAGUCCUCAGCUAUGGAGGCGUCUGAGGUUCCUGCCUUGCCUCCGACUGAGAUGUCCGAAGAGAACGGCAGCCCCCCCGAGGCCCCUCAGGUCUCCGUUGGCCCCGACCCGGCCACCUUCUCUAUGCCCCCGGCUACAGAGGACGAGGAGGGAGAAAUACCUGCAGACUUUGAGCGGCUGUGGAAGGCCGCACACGACAAUCCUCAGGACUUCACCAGCUGGACCGACCUGCUGCAGUACUGCGAGCAAGAGAGUCACAUGACAGCGUCUCGCAGGGCGCUGGAGGCUUUCCUCGCUCGCUACCCGCUCUGCUACGGCUACUGGAAGAAGUACGCUGACCUGGAGCGCCGCGCAGGAUACAACAACAAAGCAGAGGAGGUGUGUAUUCAGGGUCUCCAGGUCAUCCCUCUCAGUGUAGAUCUGUGGAUCCAUUACAUCAAUCUGCUGUUGGGGACUCUGGACAUGAACCUGCCCGAGUCCCCCGAUCGGAUUCGCAGUGUGUUCGAGGAGGGGGUUUCAGCGGCAGGUCUGGACUUCCACUCAGACCGGCUCUGGGAUCUGUAUGUGGAGUGGGAGAAGGAGCAGGGCAACAUGAAGAACGCAACAGCCGUCCUGGACCGAGUCCUCAGAGCCCCCACCCAGCUCUACAACACCCACUACGACAAGUUAAAGGAACAUUUGAACGGCCAUGAGCCCAAAGACGUCCUCUCCCCGGAGGAGUACGAGGAGCUGAGGGCGUUCUGUCGUCAGACUCAGAAAGCAGAGCGAGCGGAGCAGGCUCAGGAGGAAGAGGAGGAGAGGCCGCCCGGGGAGGAAGAGCCCGCAACCCCCGAGGGCACAGACUCAGAGGAAUUGAUGCAGAAGAUCAGGGAGCAGGUGCUGAUUCGCAGGGACAAAGUUUACCAGGACAACGAGGGAGAAGUCCGGAAGAGAUGGAACUUUGAAGACGCUAUCAAACGCCCCUACUUCCAUGUGAAGCCCCUGGACCGCGUCCAGCUGAGAGCCUGGCACACCUACCUGGACUGGGAGAUCGCUCAGCUGAACCCGGACACCAAAGACCCCCAACAAGAUCCAGACCAGGCGGACACAGAGGGGUCAGAGGUCACGGCAAAGCCUCAGGAGGAAACACAGGAUACUGCGGUUUCCCGCGACGACUACAAGGUCCGCAUCCUUUUCGAGCGAUGUCUGAUCGCCUGCGCUCUGUAUGAGGAGUUCUGGAUCAGGUACAACCAGUACCUGGAGACGCAGAGUGUGGACGAGGCGCGGGCCGUUCUGAGGCGAGCCUGUGAGGUCCACCUGGCGAACAAACCCAACAUCCACCUGCAGUGGGCCACCUUCGAGGAGAGGCACGGCGACCUCACGGAGGCGCGCCGGGUGCUGGAGUCUCUGGAGAAAUCGCUCCCGGGGUUGGCGGUGGUCCGUCUUCGCAGGGCGGCUCUGGAGAGGCGAGCGGGUCAGCUGGACCAAUCAGAGGCCUUGCUGCGGGAGGCGGUGGAGGAGUCCAAAGAGAAGCCCACGUUACACGCUUUUUAUUCCAUCAAGCUGGCUCGCCUGCUGCUGAAGCUCGGCAGGAACCCAGGCAGAGCCCGAGGAGUUCUGCAGGAGGCGCUGGAGAUCAGUCCGGAUAACGACAAGCUGCACCUGAACCUGCUGGAGCUGGAGGUGUCGGGCGACCCCUCGGCCGAGGCGGUGCAGGAGUGUGUGACGCGAGCCCUGGCCGCUCCCCUCGCCCCACACACCAAGAUCCUCUUCUCACAGAGAGGCCUGCAGUUUGCAGAGGACUACAGCAACUCUAUAGAGAGCGUGCUGUCCGUCUACGAGGAACACCAGAAACUGCUGAAGGAGCUGGGCGGAACCAAGAGGGAAGCAGAGAACGGAGAUGAGGAAACAGAGAAGCUGAUGAAAAGUGAAGACGGCUCGGCUGUUGCUGUGUCUGCACAAGAUCCGCCCACCAUGCCGCAUGUCCCCAUCACCACCCCCCCGCCCCCCGUGAUGGGCGCUGAUGCCAGCGCUCAGGCCGGAUACGGGGGAUACAGCAGCUGGUACCAGCAACCGCAGUACGGCAGCUACGGAUACCAGAACUGGAACUACAACCAAGGCUAUUAUCCUCCCAGCUAAAGGGGACAACUGUGACUGUGACACCAACAAAAACACAGGAAACGUUUUGACCCAGGAUGAGUCCUCAGCUGAACAACAAACUGAACCACGCAGUCCUGCCGGUCCACAUGAUAAAAAACAAAUCAUCCUUUCCUCUCCGUCCCAUCCGUGAGUCGCCUCACUGUCCUGGAAUGAAUUGAAUGAGAGGCGGGAUAUGAGCUCUUUUAGCAUGUUGUGUCAUUUCAGUGUUGAUUCUGAGGGAGGGGUGCAGAUAUGAGGAAAGGAAACGGUGACACUCCCACUCUCAGUGCAUCAGUGUCUCUCAAUUUUAAUCAGAAAUAUUUUUGUAAUUGUUUGCAAACCCAGCCCCAUCGCUCCGGUUUUAAAGUCAUCCAACUUUACAGGUCAUGUGUGAUCGAAUAUUUUGUACCAUUCCAGAGUAGGCUAUUUGUUGUUUUUUCUAAUGUAUAUAAAGGUGUUUUAUAGUGUGUCACAACAGUGCUGUUUGUGUCGCGUGUCUGUUUGCUUGUACUUCCAUACUGAGGGAGAAAAAUCAACCUCAUUAAUUGUGAAAAUAAAUCUUUUGGCCUGUGUGCUGCUCUUUUCUA